AUGGUAAAUGCUCAAAUUAAAGAUACUGGAUUAGGAAACUGUAUGGCACUAGAAGAUAUUCCGGUAUUAAAUUGUUCAAGUGUAAAUGAUCCAAUAACCGCUAUUAACAAUUCAAAUUGUAUUUUAAAUAGUGAUGUAGUUGAAUUAGAAUCUGAGGUAUACAAUUUUGAAACUGAUGGGUUCCACUUGAACAACUUAAGCCAAUUUUCAAGAGAAGUUACUUUGUAUAUAGCUGGCUUUGUAUCCCAUAAAUUGUCAACAAAAAUUAAGUGUGAUAUUUGUAAUGGUGCAUUGUUUGGUAACAAAAGUAAUUUUUUUUAUUCUAUCAUAAAUAUGAAAGAUAAAGGAGGUUUACAUUAUCCCAGUAAUGAUAUAGUACAAGUUUGUGUUGCCACAGAAAAAUAUUUUAAAAUAUAUUAUGAUAAAAAACCAUUUAAUAAAAUGUUAAUUAUUACAAAUGUAUUAAAAAGUUUUAUUAAUAAUAAUUCAAUUUUUAAUUCAAUAAAACAUCAUAAUGAUCAAAAUGGACCACUUGAAAAUCAUGUUGUACUAUUAAUUAAAGCAAUAAUUUCAACUUAUUCUGAUAUCAAAAUUAAUUACUUUUGUCGUACUGGAAAUGAAACACUGUCUUUAAGAACAUGGUAUAACAAGUUGACUCUUUUUAGAGGCCAGUACAUUUUUAAGUAA